UUUAAAUACAGAUUUGACAGAUCACAUUUUACUCCCAGGCACUAAGAAAAUAUUCUACCACAACCAGACCUGCAUUACUUCACCUCCAACUUGUAGCUAGUCCUAGUGCCCUCAGAUAAAAUGAACAAGCUAACACCUUUAUUAUUGUCAUGUAUACUUGUGCCAUGGGUGCUCUCAGCAACAGUCAAAAAAUUUGAUUGGAGUCUUGAAAACAUAGAGGAGGCUGCCAUUUCACAUGAAGAGGACUCAGUACUGAAUAAUGAAGAAUUCUUGGAAGCUAAAAGGCCAGAGACGGAUGUCAUGAGUUUUCCUCAGUCAGACAUAGUUCCUGACGUAACACCACAACCAGAUUCAGAACUGCCAACUUGCCUCUUGUGUGUGUGCUUGACUGGCUCAGUGUAUUGUGAAGAAAUCCUCAUUGAUGUGGUUCCUACACUGCCAAAAGAGACAGCUUACCUGUAUGCACGCUACAACAAAAUUAAAAGGAUUAACACAAAAGAUUUUGCAAACUUUCCUACUUUGAAAAGAAUUGACCUGACUGGAAAUUUGAUUGAAGAGAUAGAAGAGGGUGCCUUCUCAAAGCUCCCACUGCUUGAGGAGCUUUCACUUGCUGAAAACAAAUUGACCAAACUUCCUGUCCUGCCUGCUAAACUGACUGUUUUCAAUGCAAAUUACAACAUGCUCAAAAGCAGAGGAGUGAAAUCAAAUGCUUUCAGGAAACUCACCAACUUGUCGUAUCUCUACCUAUCCAACAAUCAGCUGGACAGUGUGCCUCUUCACCUUCCCGAGAGCCUGCGCAUUCUACACAUGCAGAACAAUAACAUAACUUCAAUCUCAGAAGAAACGUUCUGCAAGGGAAACAGCACCCUCUAUAUUCGUGAACAAAUGGAGGAGAUAAGACUCGAUGGUAAUCCAGUUUCGCUGGCCAAAUAUCCAAACAGCUUCACCUGCCUGAAAAUGCUGCCUUUUGGAAGUUACUUCUAAACAAGCCUUGUAAAUAGAAAGGAGCCCCAUAAUCUAACCAGAGUAGGCUACAUGCAUUUUAGACAGUAAGCACUUUGUCUUCAGUGUUUUAAAACUGUUGUUUAAAAUGUCAUGCUUUAAAAAAAAAAUUAUAAUUGUUUGCACAACUGCUCAUUUUCAGAUGCAAGCGUCGUUUGUCAGGGUUGGCUUUAUGAACUCUUACAGUAUGUUUUGCAAUUUUAAUUUCACUUUUUGUUUGUUUUUGUUAACUUUAAAACACAUUUCUGCACAGAGUUUGAACUCCUAAAUUCUUAUUUCACCUGUUAUUCCCUUUAAAGUACCUGUAAAACUAUUUCAGACCAAAUUACAGAAAACAACCAUAACUUCUAAGUACAUGCUUCAGUGUACUUAUCAUAAGUUUAUAAUGCCUUCCAACAUUACCUUCUUAAAGAAAGUGUAAAUACAUCAAUAUCCCGAAGGUAAAGCAAAAUACAUUAUUUUACCUCGUGGGCAUUACAACCAAAGCCUUGAGGUGGGAUUUAAGCUUGAGCACUUAAAGUGUCAUAUAUGUAAUGUGAUUUGGCUUCUGAAAAUAAAAAGGCAGUUACAUACUGCUUUCAAAUAAAUGUACAGCAGCAUGUAUUCAUUUACUUAGUAAUAUCAAACUUAAGUUUAGAAAUGGAAAUGAAUGCUGAUAUUAUCUCGCUGUCUGUGUCUCACUCUCUAUAUAUAAAUGAUAGACAUAUAUAAAAUAAUAAUCAGUGCUAUUUUUGGUUUUAAAAUUAGUAUGAACCCAUUCUUGUUAAAGUGUUGUAUUUGUAGAAAAUAACUACCUGUCACAAGCAUUAAGAUCUGCAGGGUGUAUAUAAAGUUUAUGUAAAGUA